UUUGCGUUGUUCAAAGUUCAGUUGACGCAAAUCUGCUGGGUGCUGCGUUUUGCGUGUUUCGGCCAUCUUGGAUAUUUAUUUGUCGGCAUUUUUUUGUCAAAGUAAAACCUGGUUGUCUUGUAUUUAUUGUAUUCUAGUCCACACCGAGAGUACUGUGGUGGUAUUAAUACUGUAGUGUAGUCUAUAUAGUAGUAAAUAUACAACAAGUAUUAUAGCAGAUACAAAACUAAAUCUUUCGGGUAUUCUCUUCUCUAUGAUUAUAAUAGAUACCAUACUGUGGUGUAGUAAGUUCAGUGGUAAAUGUGCGAGUACUAUAAAAUAUUAUACUAUGGUGUUCUGAGUACAGUGGAUGAGAACAGAAUUAAAACAUUAUUCUAUUCUAUUCAAUACAGAGGAAAAUAGGAUUCCUAUUGAGUUUUGAUACACAAUAAUUUCUAGUAUUCAUCGAGAGAACUGUGGUGUCCCAAGUAUAAGUGAACUUCAAUACAGAGGAAGAUAAAACACUUGUUGAGUUUUGAUGCUCAAGAAUUUUCUAAAUUGGACUCAAAAUGGACUAAAUUUUAGAAAAGUGAAACCAUAACCCUAUUUUGGACUUUUAAAAUGUUAUAUAAAUUUGGGAGAGAAAUAGUACAAGGAGUUUUGAUGCUCAAGAAUUUUCAGUAUUCAUCGUAAAAACUGUGGUGUCCUGGGAAGAAUACAGUGAAAUUCAAUACAGAUAAAUAUAGAACACUUUUGUUGAGUCUUGAUAUACAAGAACUUUAUGUAGUAGGCCUUAUCACAAAGUAGAAGAAAUUCUUCUUUCUCUUUCUUCUUCUCUGUGGCCCUAUCCACCGGAAGAACUGUAGUGAUAUUAAUAUUGUUCAGUAGUAUAUUCUGGCCUGUGGCAAAUAAUUGUAUAAUACUGAUUUAAUUGUAUAUAACUUCAAUACUGAAGAAGAUUAAAAACUACAUUUAGUUUGUGUAUAAUUUUAGUCUUCAACGAAAUAAGUAUUUUGAAGAAAUUAAUUUUGUACUGUAGUCUUCAAUGUGGUGAAUAAUUAUUGUAAAAAUAAUGGUGAACUCAUCAAUUCCUGAAUCAUAAUAUAGGAAAAUUUUGAUCUUUACAGGGUGUUAUGGAAUGUUUCACAUCAAUGGCCACUCUAAGAUUAUACAGUCUCCAUAUUUAUCACUAAUUGUGAUCCAUGAGAUAAAUGAGAUAGGAACAGUACCAGACUGUAAAUAAUAUCUGGAGAAGAUGGGAAGCUUCUUGUGAAUGAACAAGAUCUGCAGCCUUUACCAAAGUGUUACUGUGUUGAUAUUAUUGGAGUGUUGUUGAAGUUGAUGUUAUUAUUCUGUAGGUUCUUGCAAAUAAUUGUAUGAAAUAUGGUGAACUUCAAUACUGAAGAAGAUAAGAAACUGAUAGAGCUUGUGCGUGCGCAGAAGAUUCUGUGGAAUAUAAAACAUCCAGACAGAAAGAACCAGUUUUGUGAGAGAACAGGUGUGGAGGGCUAUUGGUAAAUCGCUCAAUAGAGAAGGAUCUGAGGUGAAAAGCCGCUGGAGAACAAUACGAGACAACUAUAUGAGGAAUAACAAUAGAAAUCCAAAGAAGAGGAAACGAGCCAUAUACUGGGGCAUGUGCAAGUUUCUAGAUGCCGGAAAAGCUAGAGAGAAAAACUCUUUCGACGAGGCAACUAUGCCAGUUUCCGUAGAAAUGAAAUAUGAAGAGAACGAUUCUAAUGGCAUUGGGAGUGAAAACGAAAUAGGACAUGAUCUCGAUAUGAUUGACAAAGAAUUCCAGGAUAGUGUUUACCAGCAUCCAGUAGGUCUAGCAUUGAAUUUGGAGUCUCCGUCCGAGAAAGAAAUAAGAGACAAUGAUACAACAUCUACUUUGGCCCAGUAUUUGGCUCACAAUGAUGAGGACAAACUCCAAUUUAGGAAAUUCCUGCAGGAUCUCAUGAAAGCAACACCCCAAGAAGACGAAAUUGAUGUGUUUUUCAAAUCGAUGGCGAUGACUGUGAAGAAGUUUCGACCAGAUCUCAUCACAAAAGCGAAAGUCAAUGUCUUCAACUCCGUUAUGGAGUUGGAGGUUAUGAACCAAAAGACUCAAUUUUGAUCCUAUUUAAAUUUGAGGGAAGAUAAAUUUGAGGCCAUACAUUAAUGCAAUUGUUUACAGUCUUUUCCAGAUCAUUUCUCAAUGAUUAACUAAUAAAUUAUUAUAGUUUAUUUUA